ACAAGCGGUUAUACUUUAUAAUUUGUUCGCGAUGUUGCUGCAUUUACUGUAUAAGAAGGACAUGUUUUUUUAUUUCGCGGUAAUGGCGCGAUGCCUUCCCUUUCGCUGCUUCUAUACCUUGCGAUGCUCACACUAUGUUAUGGAGCAAAAGAAAAACCUGAACUAAGUGAGGAAAUCAAAGAAAUAAUACAACAUGUUCACAACGAGUGCGUCGGUAAGACCGGGGUGGCGGAAGAGGAUAUAGCGAAUUGCGAAAACGGCAUUUUUAAGGAGGACAUGAAACUGAAGUGCUACAUGUUUUGUUUACUGGAAGAAGGGAGUCUUGUCGACGACGACGGUAACGUUGAUUACGAUAUGAUGGUCAGUUUGAUACCAGACCAAUACACAGACAGAGUCCUGAACAUGAUAAACGGUUGCAAACAUUUGGACACUCCUGAUAAAGACAAAUGCCAACGAGCAUUUGAUGUUCACAAAUGUUCAUACUCCAAAGAUCCCGAUUUUUAUUUCCUAUUUUAAGGACGUGUGACUGCGGGAAAAGCGUUUAAUAAAUCACUUCUAUUUA